AUGGUCGUAAUCUCCGCAACGGCGCUUGCUGUCGACUUCGCCAAGUUUCGGGCCGCGGAGCUGAAAAGCACGGGCCGUUCCGAUCCCGCCGCUGCACCCCAAGAGCGGGGAAGAGAGCACACCCAGGUCCCAAACGGCCUUGACGGGCACGGAGGUGACGGUGGUGGCGGGGCUUUGGCACCCCCGGAAAGGUUAAGCCGGGCGUCCAGCAGCUCCGCGGAGAACCGGGUGCAUCGCAGGAGGGCUUGCGUUCUAGCCGGGUGGACUAUCGGGGCGCUCGUCUGUCAUAGGUUGGGAUCGAUAACCUUGGCAAGGGUCUUUGCGACGAUAGGGUCGUUCGUGGCAUGCCUCCCGUACCUCCUUCGCUCCUCCAAGUACCGCCGAGAUAGGGGGCUCGGGUGUCUGCUAGAGACCGGCGACAAGCGACGUCCCUUGACGGACAUGCUCGUAUGGACGAGUUUCGUGUACUGCUUGCCCUCGGUGUACGGACUGUACGCCCAUCAGUACGGAAUCGCCGCGCUUCAGUUCAUGACCACGAUCGGGUCUACGCUGUUCCACCUGACGAGGGAGACGAAGUUCUUCAACCUGGACAACGUCUUCGCCACGAGCCUGCUCUCGACCACAGCGUGGAGCCUGUACCUAGGGGUCACGCACGGGGUCUGGUGGUACGUGGUGGUCAUCGGCCUAGGAGGACCCUUCGCGAUCUUCUGCAUCGUGCGUUGCGGAAUGCCGGGCCUUGUCUGCAGGCACCCGACUGGGGGCGGGCUCUGUCGACGAAGCAAUCCGGAGUACGAUUUCUUCCACAUGUUGUGGCACCUGUCGUCCGGGCUAGGCACUCUGAUAACGAUCCAUUUCUUCGAGGUUCACUUUCCGGCGGAGGAGGCCGGAGGGGGUUGGUUCCACUACUUCCCGGACGUGCCGGUGGUGCCGACGGUAGCGCUGGCCUUGAGCGCCUUGAUAAACUUGUACGGCAACCGCGUGGGAGUCAUGCCGCUCGAGUGAGAACCGUGUUCCCACUCCACUCGACUACUUUUGUCUCUUGAUCGCGUGCUCGGGCAAAAGCGCGUUGUGCAUGCGGUGGACCCCCAACCAUAAAGUUGUUGAUGUUUGCCCGCCCCACCCCCCGGAACCCAGUAGCCUUCGCGAAAAUAUUAGUGUUUGUUCUAGUAGUGGAGGGUGGGGUAGGGUCAGGGGUUAGGGAUACGAAACCCCCCUCUACAUUGGAUAGACUUGACAAGAAUAUCCUCGGGAAGGUGGUCCCGGGACCACUGCUGUUGACAUGCCCUUUGUCCCUCCGGUUACAAGUCGGAGGAAAGCGUUGCGCCUGGUUGAGAUGUGAUUUUUUUUGGAACAAUUUGCAACGAACGAGUGCAAGUGUUUCAGAAGGGGAAGGAAGCUGUGCCCCCCUGUCAACCCCGAGACACGUCGUGUUGUUUCCUGUAGAAAUGGGAGUAAACGCUAGAACAGGUGGUGUCGAGUUGUGUUUCUGAUUCCGGUGAAUGGUGCGUGACGGUGUCGUUGUCAGCUCCGAGGCGAGGUGGCUUAGCUCUGAGCUCCUGCGUUUGACAAAGGUCGGCGUGCAAGCUUCCGUAGCCGCGAAGAUGAGUUUUUUCAACGUCCAUCUGUGGGGUGCGGGCAGCUAUUGGAUCACGGCUGGUGGUGCUGUCGUUCGAUCGACCUCAGUCAUCUCAAGCCUGUAGCGUGUUUGUUCAUGAUGGUGCUGCAGAGAUAUGUAGUCCAUAGUGUGUCGAAGAACAGCGAUAGUGCUCUCGUGACUGUAAUCGGGUAGCGGCUGAAGCUGGUCCUUUAGAGGGUUCGUGGGGAGACCUUGGUUGAUCUUUCGGAGAUCAUGAUUGAUCUUUGGGGGAUCGUGUUCCCCGUCGUAGAGGCGAGGACAAAAUCUUGCUGCGGCUGUCGGUUUCGAAGGACGAAAAACGAGAACGCAGAGUUCCGAACUUUGUAGAGUAAAUAGUCAGUUUCCGGGUACUUUCCAAAUCCCAGUAGAGAUACAAACUGUUCAUUUUGCUGUCGUUGCAUUUCGGGGGUCGCAGUCUUGAUAGGCACGGUGAGGGAGUCGCUUGACUACGUGAUGCUUGGAAGUUGUUGCGCGAUUGGGAGCCAAGAACGAGGAGGGGGCUCUGCAGAGGUAGGUCUAAGAGCCCCGGCCAUUCCGAGAAGAGUUUGUUGGUGCCAUGUGUAAGGAUGUUUGGAGUGUAGGUUCAAGUGCCGUGCUCCUUCUCGGAGGCAGCCUUCCGUCUUGCUCUGCCUGUGUGGUGUAGAGAGGCGGAAACGGACCAACGCGAUCGAUCGAUCGAUCGAUCUAUUCAUCCAUGUAGGGAGGACGACCGCUGUACAUAGCGAAGAGAAAAACUUUUUAGUACUGUAGCUGUGUUAUUUUUUGCGUCGUCGUAAUUGACUGGGAGCACGGAGGAAAGUAGUGGCGUUGUACGCUCACGUACGUCCGUGCAUGUGAACGCCAUCGAUCGGCAUCACCUUGUCUCUAUUGUGUUAGCCCUUUGUGUGCUUUUUAUGUUGGUACUAUGUUAGGAUGGUAGACGCGGCGCCAUCAUGUUUUGGAUGCUGGUCCUACGAUAAUAGUAGACGCGGGUCGUUGGGGUCGAGGGCACCAUCUGAAGCAGUCACCGCCCGGGUACAUACGAGCGAGUCCAUUUUCUCUUGCAGCGGUUACAAAGUGUUGGUGGUUGAACCCAGGGGGUGGGAGGUUUGGGAUAAAAGCAACUCGCCAGGUAGGGCCAGAGAUUUUUUUUGUUAAGCUUGUUCAUGGCUGGGGGGUGGACUUGUCUUUUUUCUUGGCGAAAGAAAGCAGCCGAAAAGGAACAAAAAGCAAAAAUCAGGAUCUAUCUUUGACAUGUUCACUUCGUUCCGUCCUCUUUCUCUCACACGCGAUGUUU